AUGUUACCUGAUAGAAUACACAUGCUUGCAAGGGACUGCAAAAUAUCCGUGGAAGGUCUGGAAUACAGAGGGAACAUCUCAGUAACUGUUUCCGGUAAAUCAUGUCAGAGGUGGGACAGCCAGACUCCACAUUCACAUAGUUACACAGAUCGACUUCCGGGGAACGCCAGUGAACAUAAAAAUUACUGCAGAAACCCGUCAUCCGCAGGUUCUCCUUGGUGCUACACUUUGGACCCCAAAACAAGAUGGGAGCUUUGUCAAAUUCCAUUGUGUGCAAUGGACUGCAAAAUAUCCGUGGAAGGUCUGGAAUACAGAGGGAAUAUUUCAGUAACUGUUUCCGGUAAAUCAUGUCAGAGGUGGGAUAGCCAGACUCCACAUUCACAUGGUUACGCUGAGCGACUUCAGGGGAAUGCCAGUGAACAUGAAAAUUACUGCAGAAACCCAACACCUGGGAUGGAAGCUACUCCGUGGUGCUAUACAUUGGACCCCGAUACAAGAUGGGAGCUUUGUCAAAUUCCAUUCUGUGUGCUAGACUGUAAAAAAACAAGAGAGGGAAUGGACUACAGAGGAAACAAAUCUACUACUAUUUCUGGAAAGACAUGUCAAAGAUGGGACCGACAGUCGCCAUGGACCCAUAGUUACACCAACGUGUUGCCUGGUAACUCCAGUAUACACGAGAAUUUCUGCAGGAACCCGCGGGCUAACGAAGCAGAUGGCCCUUGGUGCUACACCACGGACCCCAACACGAGAUGGGAGUUCUGUGAUAUACCUUUUUGUG